AUGUGGCGCUCCGGGAGGGGUCCUACCCCGAUGGGGGCCCAUCGAGUCGUUCUGAUCGCGUUCUGCUACCUGAUCCGAUUAGCAACACCGACAAAUGAGAUAUGGCCCGUCGAACGCCCCGAUGGAAUGCCUUCCAUAACAGCACUAGAGGUGAUGUGCGGUAAAGAUCACAUGGACGUUCACCUGUCAUUCUCGGCGCCAUUCGAAGGAAUUGUCAGCUCGAAAGGCCAACACAGCGAUCCGAGAUGCAUCUACGUGCCACCCUCGACGGGGAAAACCUUCUUCACCUUUCGUAUCUCGUACUCGCGCUGCGGCACCAAACCGGAUUUGAAUGGGCAGUUUUACGAAAACACCGUUGUCGUGCAGUACGACAAGGACCUGCUUGAGGUGUGGGAUGAAGCGAAGCGGUUGCGGUGCGAGUGGUUCAACGACUACGAGAAGACAGCUUCCAAGCCACCCAUGGUGAUUGCUGAUCUUGAUGUGAUUCAGCUGGAUUUUAGAGGUGACAAUGUGGACUGUUGGAUGGAGAUCCAGCAGGGCAAGGGACCCUGGGCACCUGCAGUGAGUGGUAUUGUGCCACUCGGAUCCACUAUGACGCUGGUAGUGGCGAUCAACGAUUUCCGCGGUGAGUUUGAUAUGCGUGUCAAGUCCUGCGUGGCGUCUGACGGAGCGGGCCAUGUGAUCAAGCUGUCCGAUGAGUACGGUUGCGUGCUGCGGCCCAAGAUGAUCUCCCGCUUCUUGAAGGCUCGUGCGCCCGAUGACAAGGCGUCUGUCAUCACGUACGCGUUCUUCCAUGCGUUCAAGUUCCCGGAUGCGCUCAGUGUUCACAUCAAGUGUAAGGUAGAGAUUUGCCGCCAUGGUUGUCUGGAUCACUGCCAGCACAGUGGAGUUCCAGUUGGAGGCACCCCAGGUGUUCCUGUGGGAGGAAAGCAGCACGAAGUACUAGAACGCAAGGACACACUUGUCAAUCACAACAGCAAUGACAUCCUGGCCGGAGAAUCCGGAGAGGAUCUCGAUUCGGGAAUGAACGGGCAGGACGUGUACUACGACGAUAUCAUCCACUCAGAGAAGCAUCUCAACCAGUACAAGAAACCACCACCAGCUCAGCCGGCUAAGAAAAAGGACAACUAUCUGCAGUAUCACCACCACAACCGGGAACCGAUGGAUGAUAUCGAGUCGCUGUUCCUGAGCGAUCACUCCGCGCUCUCGGCUGAUAUGAUGAAGAAGCAGUCUCCACCGAUGACACAGGGAGCUGGACCUGCUCCGGGAAUGCCGGGUAUGCCUGGAAUGCCGGGAAUGCCAGGUCUACCGGGCAUGCCAGGUGUCGGAAUGGGUCCAGGAAAGUACCCACCACAGUCACUGCAACAGAUGUCCCAAAAGACCAUGCCCGGUCCGGGAACACCAAUGGAUGACGACAAGUUCCCACAUGGACCACGCCAGAUGGACGCAGAAAAGCGCAUGGGUCUACCAGCUGUUGCAGGUCCACGAGCACUCAACCUUGACGCAGAGGACGUGCAGAACCAGAGCUACAACCAAGCUGGAGUUCGAUCUCGCCAACGACGGUCUGUGCGUGUCACAGAUCGCAAGGCACGAUCUGCGGACAUCGGUGUGAGUGGUAUCUACGAAGUCAUCUCGGAGGCAGACCUUGCCUUCAACCCAGACAGCAAGCAGGAAGCCGUGACGGUGUUCCAGGGCAAGAUCACGGAAGAGGUGGUUUACGGCAUCUGCAUGCCGGUGCCAGGCUUCAGCAUCCUGUUCAUUCUGGUCAUCUCGGCGACCAUCAUUUCCGCACUGAUUGCCGGUUCGCUGCUGUACAGAUACCAGCUGCAGAAGGAGAUGAUCGCGAAUCGAUCGCAGGGUCCAAACGCACCGAUCAACUCGAUCGCCACGUGGAUGACGUUACGUUUGUUCCGUUCGCGGCCCAACGGUCCUGUGGUCGGUGGGGCCGGUGUUCGUCCAAUGGAGCUGAAUGCCAGCAACCAGUGA